AUGGGUGUUGAUUUGGAGAUAGUCUAUUCAGACAGCAAUGUAAUUGCUUCACUAAUCUAUUCUGAUCCAGAAAGAUCCCCAUGGAUGUUGUUCUGUGUAUAUGGCCCUCCUAGUAGAGCCAAAAGGAAAAAAUUUUGGGUAAAGGUUGAAGACUUGGCAAAAUAUUUUUCAGGGCCUUGGGCAGUAAUGGGUGACUUCAAUAACAUCAAGGGCUCAAAGGAGAAAAAAGGAGGACGGCAUGUUGGGGAAAGCUCAGUUAACAGUCUCAGGGAUUUUAUAAAUAAUAUGGGUGCCAUUGAUCUAGAUUUUAUUGGUCCAUUCUUUACCUGGUCCAAUAGACGUGAAGGUCUCACAAAUAUUAGGCAGAGGUUAGAUCAGUGUUUAUGUGAUCAAGAAUGGCAGACUCUCUUCCCUAAGGCAGGCAUUCGGCAUCUUGUCAAUGCGAAUUUUGAUCACAACCCAAUCCUCUUAGAUACCCAUAUGGAGAACACAUAUCUUUUAAAGCCUUUUCGUUUUGAGGCUAUGUGGACUAAGGAUGAAUCAAGUAAAGAAGUAAUAGAAAGUGCUUGGCAAACGAGAGUUGACGGCCCACAAAGUCUUAAACUAGCCAAAAAACUGGAAGCAACUAGGAGAGAUCUUAAAAGAUGGAAUAAGAGCUGUUUUGGAAGUUCAAGAGAGAAAAUUAAAGAGCUGGAGCAGAAGAUAGCGCAAAUUCAGAGUUUAGAGGCCACAAAAGAAAAUUUGGAGCUUGAAGCUUCGUUGAGUUUAGAAUUAGAUGAAUGGUUGGCAAGGGAGGAUUUAAAAUGGAAACAAAAAUCUAGAGAGAUUUGGAUAAGAGAGGGUGAUCAGAAUACUCGUUUCUUCCAUCUCUCAACUUUGGUCAGAAGAAGGAGAAAUUGUAUUCAAGAAAUCAAAUUGGAGGAUGGAUCUUGGAUAAAUGAUGGGGAAGACAUUCAAAUGUAUUUUAUUGAGAACUUUUAA